AUGGCGCCAUCUUGCGCGAGGACAGGUUUGAGGAUACUAGAGCGCAGGCAUGUCGGCGCCUUCGGGCAACGAAGAUGCUGCGGGGACCUACGGCAGUUGGUCCGCGCCCAUGCUGACGCGGCAGAGGUGCUGGCGAACUAUGCAACACGACGGAUCGUAGAAAACGUGACGCCACGCGAAGCAGCAGCGAUAUUGUGCCAUUUGCAGAGGUUGCGUCCGAGCGUGCACGAUGAAAGGCUACAAACACUCGUGCAGGAUGUCCUCGCGCAGAAGGACAACCUUUCAUUGACCUCUCUGGUGGAUGUGUCCAGGGUGCUCGAGUCGAUGGGGCUGCAUCGUGAGUUGGAGGAUCUGAGCAGUCUUGUGGUCGAGAGCGCAAGUUUCCUGUCCAGCGAUGUGAUUCUCUCGUUCGCCAAAACCCUGUCACUGGCGGCCCGGAGGACUCCGGGUGCAAGCACCGAAGUGCACGCGGCAGUGUUCAGGAUGCUGGGCGAGCACGUGCUGGAGAGCAUGUUCGACGCGGCGCCCGCAGACCUGGCAGAGGCCCUGCUGGCCAUCGCCGUCUUCUGCUGCAGCCGCCCCGGCCGCGGCCGGGGCGGCGCCCUGCUGCUGGAGAGGCCCUGGCACCCCGCAGUGUUCGCGGCCGCCGCGCCCGCGCUCGCGCUGCGGGCCCCGUCGCUGCCGGCGCCGGCGCUGCUGAAGUGCCUCCGAGCGUACGAGCUGAUGCUGCUGUCGUCGCCGGGGCGGGGGGCGCUCGGCCGGGGCGGGCCACGGCCCGGCGAGGCACCGCAGCCGCUCUUGCCGGGCGCGAGGCCGGAGCAGAGCCUGACAGAGCUGCCGCCCGUCCUCGCCGAGGCCCUGGCGCCGAGGCUCCCCCAGCUGCGCGGCCGCGGCGUCGUGCGGGCGCUGCACGCGCUGGCCUCCCUGCGGCGGCACGGGCUGCCCCUCGGCGCCGGCGGGGAGGCGCUGCGCGUGGCAGCGCGCGAGGAGCUCCGCGAACGCACGGGCGAGCUGGACGCGCGCGACAUCGGCUACGCCCUCGAGGCCUUCGGCGUCCUGUCGGACAGCGGCUCGCCGUUGGCGGCGAGCAGCGAGCUGCUGCGGGCUUUAUACGAGGAGGUGCAGCGCAACGUCCACUCCCUCACGGUGGACGACGCGCUGCGCAUGUCGCGGGCAGUCGUGAGGCUGGCGCCCGCACCCGCCGAGCGGCCCAGAGUGCUGCUCGAGCUGCUGGCCGCGGAGGUGCUUCGCGAGCUGCGGAGCCUGCCGCCGGCGCGGCUCUGCGACGUGGUGACCACGUUUGCCCAGCUGCGGUUCAACCACGCAGAUUUCCUUGAGCGGCUCUCAGGGGCAUUUGUGAAGCAACUUCCCACGUGUGAGCCCAGGCACUUGGCCGCGAUGGUCUACUCUUUCACGAAGGUGCGCUUGAGCGACAGCCAGGUUUACCGGGCUGCCUCGGUGCAUGCCACUCGCAGUUUGGUCGGAUUCCGGACCCGGGAUUUGGCGCUCACGCUCUGGUCGUUCUCUCGCGCGAUGCAGCGCAGCAAGUCGCUCUUCAUGAAAUCGCAAGAGCACCUCAGGGGGCAGGACCUCUCGAAACUGUCGCCCGCCGACACGAGCAUGCUGCUGUGGAGUUAUGGGCACGCGGAGGUAGGGGUGGACGGCGAGCUGCUGGGCGCCCUUGUGCGGCGCGUCAGCGACGGCUGCGGCGGCUUCCCGACGCACACGCUGCUGGUCACCUGCCUGGCGUUCGCGCGCCUGGGCUUCGCGCAGCAGCCGGACCUCUACCGCUCGGUGUACGCCCGGCUGCCCCGCCUGGACACCGCGCGCUUGGCCUUCGCGUUCUUCCUCUUCUCGUCCUCGGGCAUACGCGACGAGGCGCUACUGAGCCGCUUCCUGCACGAGUGCGGCCAGAGGGUGCACGAUCUGAGGGGGCAGGACCUCGCGAACGUGGUGCUGGCUUGCUCGCGAACCGCCACGAUGUCUGACCUGGAGCGCCACGAGCUGGCUCCUGGCCUGAAGCUCAGGAUCCUCGAGCAGCUGGACGGCCUGGGCACGACGCCCCUGCUGGGUUGCUUCAUGGCCGGCCCGAAGCUGCUGGCAUUCUCCGAGCCGGAGACGCUGCAGCUGAUGAGCGCGCUGAGGCCGCACGUGCCGCGCAUGGGCGUGGCGGAGCUCGGGCAGUGCCUCUUGGCGGCAGCGCGGGUGGAGAUUGUGCACAUGCCCUUGCUGAGCCCCCUCUACGACCGCAUUCGCAUCCACGGCGACCUGCUGGAUCCCUCCGAGGUGCUGUCCUGCAUCUGGGCCGUGUACCUGUUGGGCUUCUGCACGGGCCGGCUGAAGCGCAAGCUCUGCGCCGCGUUGCUGGCGCACGUCCGACGCGAGCGCGCCCCCGCGGGCGCCCUCCGCGACGUGCUGCCGGCCCUGGGCUGGCUGGGCUUCUGGGAGAGGUUGCCCAACUCGUUGCGGCGCUCGGUGUGGCGGAUGGCCGGCGACGACCUGCGGCGCUGCGUCAGCGAGCCGCCACCGCCGCCAGAGCCGGGCGCGGCGCUGAGCAAGGAGAAGGCGUGGCGCCUGCCGAAACUGAAGUCCAUGUCAGAACACCUGCGGCUCAAGCGGCUCAGCCGCGCGCACCAGCUGGAGGCCCUGAAGGUCAGCGCGGUGCAGCGGCGGAAGCAGGAGCUGGUGGAGGAGCGCGAGGCGGACCUGGCGGAGGCCGACGAGCUGGGCGAGCGCCCUCCAGCGCCCACCGCGGUAGACCAGUUCAUCCAGAUGGUCCGCAGGCUCUGAGGCGGCUCCUGCUAAGGGUGGUCCAGGAGGCCCAGUUGGUCGUGCCGAAGGUGGACCAGUUCAUCCUGAUGGUGCAGGCGGUCCAAGCGGCGCCGUCGCCAGGAUAGCUUCCAGAUGGCCAGAUGGGGAUGGCUUCCAGUUGGCCGGAGGCGGUCCAGACGGACGGGGCCGCGCGCGAACGGGGCGCCCGCAGCCCCCCGGUCCUCGCCGCGGCGCGCGGCGGCGCCCGCCUCGGCAGCCG